AUGCUCCCGAUGGGAAAGACAUAUAGGGGGCGAAGUUGCACGCCCUGGAAAAACGUAAAAACGUUAAAGAACUGUGACGUGAAUUUGUUAUUUUGUCACGACUUGUCGAAAAGCGUCAAGCACAAAUUUGUUUACUUUGCAUUGAACUUGCUAUGUGUGAGUAAGAAAUACGAACUAGUGUUUAUAGCGUAUGGCCAAUAUAUCUACGUGUAUGAAUUGAAAAAUUUUCUGGAAAAUAACAUAAACAUCAACGUGGACGUAAGCCCCAAUAUUGCACUUGGGCAAAGGAAAGAAAAUGGCAGAGACAAUACUAUUUCCAGUUUCUACAAACAAGAAAUAAGCCAAAAUGACAACAGUUUUAAAAACAUAAAUAAAAUAAAGUAUGUCCACGAUGAAGUGAAAAAUGAUUUGACUUUAAAAUCGAUGAGCAUUCCUGCUCCGAUACUUAUCCUGUCCCCACACGUGUAUUCUAAAGGAUACGUAAAUAUCAAAUGUGAAGAAAAAGACAACACAGAUAAGUGCAUUCUAAUAUCUGUGGGAUGGUCUGAAGAUACCAAUGUUUAUUAUGUAGAGAAAAUAGUUGAAUGUAUUAAUAUAAAGAAAAAAUUAAAACAUAUUUUAGAGAAAAAGUUGUUUGACUUGAAGAGAUAUGAAGAGAACGAGACAAAGGAGGCCAUCUUUUUUAACGAUACGAAUGCUCAAUGUGGCGACUCAGCUCUUCCAACCAUGUUUAUGGAUUCCUAUCGCUUUUUAAAUAAAUUAAAAAUUGAUGAAAAUGAUUUUAUUCUAAGUUUAAUACACAAGAAUCAGCAUCCAAAUGGAUAUUCCAAAGAACUCAUAGAAAUGUUUGAAUUGUCCAAAUGCAUUAACAGUUUUGAUCAUAUAAGAAAUAAAACCAAACAAAGAAGAAGCGCCCGUCUAUACAAAAUGCAGUUAAAAAAGGAGAGAAGAAUUAACAGAAGAAAAAAGAAUCUUAACAACCGGGAGUUAAACCGGCACGUAACGGCUAAUCUAAAAAAUCCUCUCUUAAAAACGAAGAAAAUAAAUGUCUGCAAGAAAGAGUUCUAUAGAAAAUGUGUCUUCGAAAGGGAGUCCCUCGGAGGGGUAUCAGGAGCAACGUUAGGAGGAGCAGAUGAGGGGCGCAAUAGGGGCACCUUAACUGUGUACAAAAAGAAACCAUUCAAAAAGGGGCCAUACAGAAUGAAAUGCAUAUGCAUAUUGAGGUGUCCAAGGGAGGGGUCUAUGACAGAUCCGAAGAGUGGUAAUACGCAGAAUGCAAACACACGCAGUAAUAAUAAGGGGAAAAGGAAAAAAUUUAAAAUUAGUGAAAUUUAUAGCAGCCUUGAAAGCGCCGAGGAGGAUGCUUACGAUACGGAAGACGGAAGGGAAGAUGGAUUCCUACACCCGAAUGACAACCUCCUGAUGAAGAAAAAAAAAUUAGGAAGAAAAUUCAAAAACAAUCAUCAAGUUAAUUAUUUACUAGGCGAUGAUGCGAAAGAAAUUGAAGAGCUCAACUUUUAUAAAAAAAUGAGGAACAAUGUGUACAUGGGUUACAACCAAAGAAAUAACCACAUGGGUCUGAAUGAACAGAAUGAAUAUAUUAACGCGGUUAGAGACGAGAGUGAAUUUGUAAAUACAUAUAUUAAAUCAUCCAGUGAUGAGGAAUGCACGGCACAUUUGUCGUCCAAAAUGAGAAUUACCAGUUGUAGGAGGAAAGAAAGCGGCCCGAAGUUUUACCGUCAUGGUGAUUUGCGCAUGACACUGAGGAGGGGCCUCCAUAUGGCCCAACUAAUGUCGAAAAGGAAUAUCAAGAAAGUGGAAAGGAAUAAAAAAAGGGUAAGAGAUGACGAUAAUACGGACACGCGCAGUUUCAGCAACGUGGGACACUGUGAAGGCGGUGAGAUAGGGAGUUUGUCGCCAAAUGCACCCCACAGGGGAAGAGCGAAAAUAGUUAUUAAAAGAAGAAAAAAAUAUCAUGGAAAUACGAAAAAAACGCAAAUAGAACGAUUAAGGAGGAACAUCCAAAAGUAUAAUUUGCAUGUAGAGAAAUUAAACAUAUUGAAAAAGGAAAGAAAAAAAUUUGUAAACUUCUGCAAAUUGUACAUAACGCAUGAGCAUUACGAAGAAUUUAGCAAUAAGUUAGAGAACUUCCUAGACCCAAGUGUCGAUAUCAAGUACAAUAAAAUUUGGCAGCAGUUUAACAUCUUCAGCUUUAAUCUUUUCAAUGUAGAUUACAAUGAUAAAAUUUUGAAGUCCUCACAUAUAUACGUACAACCAGACAUCGUUUUUAGCAACAAAACUUACAUUAAGUCAGACACAUCGACGUGGGCCAUUUCGUUUAACUUUACGAAAAAUUUACUAGCCAUUGGAUCGAACACGCACAAUAUAAACCUUUACAAUUUGAAUAACUUUUACUAUUUUAGGAGGAGGUAUGAUUAUGAUGAUGCUCUUAACUUUUUUAAGAAUGCAUUUGUGCAUAAGAAGAUUAAGGUAAACCGCCUGUUCGUCAACGAUGAGAAGGACCCAUUUUAUUUCGAUAGCACGGAUGGGGAAGACCACGACGAUAACAUUGGAAAAAAGAGAAAAAGUAAGAAAAGGCAUAAGAAAAGAAAAAGGAGAAAGGAUAGCACGGAAGGAAAAGUGCACAUAAAGGAAAACAAAAAAAAGAAUAAUCCUUUCUCUCAUUACCACCAGAGUAGGGAGGGAAAUUGCUAUAAUUUCCUUCGUUUGGAUCAUUGUGGGGAGAGCGAAGAAUCGUCCACCUCGGUGAGCAUAAGUAGACAGAUGAACAGAAAGGGGGGAAAGCGAAAUCAGCCAAAGGAUUCCCCCUCAUCGAAACUGAAGAAGAAAAAGAAGGAAAAAAAAAACAAAAAAAAAAACGACUCAGUAACUUCUCGUAAUGAAUAUAUUGACCGUAAGAAACGCACCAGCAGUGGAACGCCUCCUCCAAACCAUGUCUGGGAGGAGAAAGCAGGACAAAAAGGGGGUAGUAUAACGGACGGAGAAGAGGAAUUCAUUCGUUUUUUUUCCAGUGAAGAUGUCCCCUUUGUCCAACGGAAGGACGAUUCCUUGUUGCAUUUGCAGAAUAGUGAAGACACCAGUGCAUGUGCCGCAGAUAAAGUGGGGAGGAAUUACAAUAACCCAGAUGGGAAGAAUAAGGGUGAUCCAUAUAUGAUACCAACAACGCAUCAAUCGAAGGAUCCAAUGAGGGGCUUCUUCCCAAAGAAGAACAAUAGUUACGUCACAAAGAUUAGCGCGAAAGACCAUUUUAAGGAGGCCAAUUUGCACAAAGUAGUUUCUUCCAUUUUGCACAGAAGGAGCUAUAUUCCGAUAGACCUGGCCCAGGUUUUCCUCAACAGAAAGGAGAAUCUGAAAAAAAUGCUUCUAACCUUAUCAUACAAUUUCCCAAGCGAUGCAAUCAUUUUGUUUUUAAAGCAAGCUUCCAUCGGGGCGGAGAUCUAUCACAUGAAGUGGAACAUUCAUAACAACAUUGCAUUGACGGUUCAUAAGAUGAAGAAAAUUUAUGCCAGAAGAUUGGGCUCCACGUACUGUCUGAAUUUGAAGCUGUUUCACCCCAAAAUGGUGAUAAUCAACAAUAAUAGAUAUUUGAAAAAUUGGUACAUAAAAUUUCUGCGCAGGAGCAUGCCGAGGUCGGGUGUCAGGGUAGCGGAAAUAUUCAACAGAAUGUCGAAGAGAAGGAAGAAAUGGAGAAGGAACUGUGCGAGGGUUGACCACGGGGAGAAACGACACAAUUAUUUGGACAUUCUCAAGGAUCGAGAAGUGGGGGAAAGGCAUCUACAUGGAGGGAGAUCAGUUGAAGGACCGCUCACUCAACACACCCGGAGCGAAGACAUCGAAGCGGCUAAGGGUACACCGGGGGAGGAAAGUACAACCAGCGAAGAUGAGCUCGGGGUUCACAACGUCAUUUACAGAAAGGUAAAAAGUUGCAACAUGUCAAAGGUAGAAAGGAUCUAUGUACUGGGUGAUAGACCUAGCACUUUGGAGGAAGGCGAAAAUGGUAGAAUGGUAGACACAAACGUUGAUGUGAAGAAGGAUAAAGUAAUAAAAUGUUACAAGCAUAUGUACAGCUACAAAAAGGCCAAUAAUGUUUUAAAAAAUAUUAGCAGAAGAUUCAGAAAGUUCAUCAAAGAGAGGCACAAUUUUAGGUUUUCCCCUACGAAACGCCUCUUUUCAAAUGAGAACUCUAUCUUCGUGGUUCUAGAUAAGAGGAGAAACAAAGGGGAACUGCACUGUUAUGAUAAAUUUGCGGGGAAAUAUGUGGACGAAUUAAAAAUGGUCGUGAAGAGUAUCCAGAGGCACUCGGCACCGGGGUUGUUUUUAAAGCCCCAGGAGGGCAUUACUCCCACAGAUGCAGCAACAGAAGAAGCGGGCACAAUGUUUGUAGCGAAGGGAAGAACCGAAGGACCCAAAUCUUCCAACGGAGAGGGAACCUCCACGAUCGAACAACCAACGAUGGAGGAAGAGGAUAAUUUUGAUUUUUACAAGAAAACGGUACUAGUGGUUUGCGAGCUGAAGGACCACAAUAAUAACACGCUAGACAUUAUACACCUGACGAAUGAUCCGAUGGGAAACGGUGUGGGUUUUUUGCAGGAGGGGCAACCUGGACCGGUGAGGAAAGGUUGCAGUGAUUACUACUCCGUGCGGUUUGAUGAAGGUGGCGGAGUGAAUAGGAAAAAGGAGAGAACGGAAAGAAACGACGAUCCCAUAAGUAGUAGCGAUGAAAGUAGCAGAAGUGGUAGUAACGCACCCUCUAGUAAUGCAAAAAAGACAGAAAAGAAGAAAAGGAAAAAGAAAAAAAAACAAAAAAGGUGCUUAAGAAACAUUAUGGAAGGUAAAACCCACAUGAAUGGAAUAGUAAAUUACACCGUUCAAAUGGAAAUGGAUAAUCUAUAUAGAAGCUACCGUCUGAAUGAUGAUAGAAAGGAUGAAAUGAAGGUGAAAAGUGUCAUGAAUAAUUUGCUACUAAAUGUGGAAGCAGAAUCAGGUUCGAACUCAUCGGAGUCAGCUAAUAUAUCAGAAGGUAGCAUAAACAGUAGAGGAAUAAAUUUCCCUGCAUAUAUAAAUAUCAACACAACUAGCCAAAAUACAAUGAAUUUUAACCGAUUCAUUAAUGGAGAUUUGUUGUCAACAUCCCGGAGUCGACUCAUAGGGAAUGGAUACAAUUCAGAUGUUUCAAACAAUGGUCUUCUUAUUCGUGCAUUACAGAAUUAUAGGAUGGUGAGGAAUAAUUUUUUGCGCAACAUGAGGAAUAACAUACGAAACAGUCGAUCUAAUCGACCCAGUCGAGCAAAUCGACUUAGCGCUAGGAAUGUACAAAGCGUGAGAGAUGACAUUAUGAAUGAAAACACGCACGCAGUUAUAAGUAACAUGGUGAAUGCAGCCCAAAAUAUAUUGAACAUAAACAAUAGCAUUGGGAUUAUAACCGGUAGACCUCCUCUUGCCAUUCGAGGGAGGGGAGGUUAUUACAUGUCUAGGACAGCCCCACCUCAGACAUCUAUCUUGCGCAAUAAUGAGCACUUGCCCAAUUUAGAGAACCCCAAUACAGUCGAUCCAGAUUCCUUUGUAGCCGCCCCAAAUGAGGAUAGCGAAUUGGGGGAUAGGUCCAAUUUGGAAGAUUCACAAGUGGAUAACGAAACAUCAUCGGCAGGUGCUCAUUCUCCAAGAGAGGACAUAGAAGAAACAGGAAGAGAAGGAAGGGAAACACAAAUUAACUCCUACGCAAGUAUAAUAAUUAGAAACCUGUUGUCACCUAACCCAGAUAGAAUUGAAGAAACUGGAGAUGCUUGGAGGUUUCGAAUAAACACAAGCAAUCUCAAUAAUAUAUAUUUAAUAUCUAGAACAAGUCCGAAUAAUAGAACAUCCUCUUUAUAUAAUAACGGGGAUGGUAGAAACUCCCGAAAUUCGACGGAAAUUCGACAACAAAAUGAACACCCUUUCCUCAACAUGCUAUACAAUAACAUUUUAAAUAUGACGGAGUCGAACAGGAACAACUCUUCCUCAUUGGACUCCAACAUGGGGAAUUGGACUUCAAACUUAAUGAAUAAUUUGCAAAAUGACAUGCACAAUAUAAAUGAAGAAUAUAAUCCCAGGAGAAAUUUGAGAAGUACUUUUUUUAAUCAACUAAAUUCCUUUAGCGGGGAAUCAUCCCCCACUAUUUUAGACUUAAUGAACACAAAAAAAUCGGAAAGUGUAAAAAUAGAGGGAAAAGAAGGAACCCUGCAGUGUAGGCGUUUUAGGGAAAUCCCUUUUGGAGUUAAAUAUACCUCCAUGAAUGAGAAAUACGAUGCCAUUGUUCGGUACGUAUAUACACUUCCUAAAAGUGCUGAUGAAAUUAUGUUGACUCAUGGUUCGGGAUCAGAUUCUUUUUUCGACUUUGUCAUUGUGUAUGAAGGUGUGUGCGAGGAGAACGAGAGACUGGACCGCGAUGAUCCUGCGCAGGGGGGAGAUGAAGAUGGGAUCAAGCCGCCUUGGGGCAUGGAUGGUUUGCAGGAAGUGGAUCCUAAUGUGGAGGAUGCACUGGCAGCGGGAUCAGAUCAAGUGCAUGCGGCAUUAGAGGAAGAAAGAUCGGAGGAAGAGACGGAUGAAAUGACGCAGGAGGAGGACAACGAUGACAACGGCGACGACGAGGAAGAGGGGGAAGCAGACGAAUCAGCGGAUGAAUCGGCAGAAGAAUCGGCAGAAGAAUCGGCAGACGAAACGGCAGAGGGAGUGAUGGAAGAAGCUACGAGUGACUUGGCAAAUGGCCAAAUGGACCAUCACGACAACGCGGAAGGUUCGGCAAAUGAAGAGCCCCUGGAAGGAAGCCACACCAGCACUUCACACACGAAUGAAUCUUCACAAUGGCCCAUCCUGGAACACAGUUUGGGCAAAGAUAGCAUUACGGGUCAUGUUCAUCCCGGAAGUAUGGCAAUCGAAUGUAUAGAGAGAGACACGCCAUGGAAGGAAGAAGAAGAAGAUUCCCAAAAAAUAUCCAACAGGUGCAAUCACGGCGUAACAGAUGUGAAGCGAAAUCUGAGUUCCGCGUCCACAUUAGACAUCGAAAACUCAUCAUACGAUUCAUAUUAUUCUUCAUCCAGUAACACGGCUAGCGAUUUUACGAACAUAUCAGAAUACCUAGUGGAUGAAUGUUCUGAAUGCGAAAAUGCAGAUCUCUGUUUUGAGGGAAGCAACAUAAUCAAUUUCAACGCAGCUUAUCGAUUCUUGAAGUAUGAGAGCUCCAAGCUAUACAUAAACAAUUGCAGCGUCAGCAUAGAGAAGAAUAGGGAAGGUCGUUUGUCCAAAUAUUAUUUAAAGCGAGAGGUUGGGCAUCCUGCCAGUCAAAGCGAUUACCAGGGUGAUAGGGGACAAAAUGGACGCACGCAAAUUGUUCCAAUAGGCAUCAACGAUUUUGAAAAUAGUUCUUCAUAUGUCAGCAAGAAGAAAGGGGCAAUAUGGGAUGAAGAGGAAUAUGCACCGUUGUGGAUGAAGAAGUGUGAAAAAGAUACUUCCACCUGGAAGGAAAAAUCAUGUAAAGACAAAAUUAUCAUUACAUCUAAGUGGUUACAUAAAAUUCUACUUCAACAAAAUUACUACCUGAAUGAGGAGAAAAGGGAAAAAUUGGAAAUGAUUUUGAAGGGAAAGAAAACGAUGGAGGGUGAAAUGAAAAGGGGAGAAAAGGAUGACACGCCUGAGCAAACAAACCAAGCAACACAGAAAAAGAAGAAGAAAAAAAAGCACGCCCAGCAGGACGAACGAGUCAAAGAAAAAAUCGAAUAUUUGAAUCUAUCUGGAGAAGACGAAAAAAACGAUUCAGACAAAAAUAGUGUAGUUCAGAAGGAUCGCUUCUUUAACACAUUUUUAAGGUAUUAUUAUUCCACUAUUAAGAAAGGCAAAGGGGGAAAAAAAAAAAAGAAGAAAAAAAAAAAAUACACUGGGUGUGGCAGUCAGAUUGAGAGGAAAUAUUAUGACUACAACGUCAGCGCACUUGUACAAUACAAAGCAGAAGAAGUAAGAAACAGUAUCUACAAUGAUAAAAAUGCUAAUUAUAUCUUCAAAAAAUUACCUAAUAAUGUUAUUACGAGAAAAUUUUGCAAUAAAGUAAGAAUGAGUCCUUCCUAUGACGAACCAAAUCGAAUAAACGAAGUUCUCUGGACCUUCUCAAAUGUGACAUUCUAUUCAGCAGACUGGUAUGACAUAAUGUAUAAAUUAUUUUUCGAAUUGUCUUCCAGAUUUUACGAAAUUAUUAUAAAGCACCAUAAGCAUAAUAUCCCAUGUGUGAAAUUUUCACCGGACGACAACUUCCUCUUGUCCUGCUCGGUCGACAGAACCAUGGUUCUUUGGAACCCCUUCAAUGUGAAGAAUUAUGAUUUGGAUAGAAACUACAACAUUUAUGACCACGUGUUUCCACCUAGGAAGGAUAGGAAAAGCAGGGCGCACCACCAUAACAUGAGCAUUGUUCGCGAAAACAUCAGGAGAAAAUCGAAAAGGCGAAACAAUUACAACCGCAUGCCCCUCAGUCUGGUUGCCAACGCAACAGUCCAAAUAAACUAUGGAAGGAAAAGAAGCGCCUUCGAAAAAGUAUUUCAUGAAAGCAAAAUGUACAAAGCGAUUAGGGAAAAGGAACUAUUAUCAAACAUGAAAAAAAAUAAUAUUCUGUGCAAACGGGAAAUGAAACAUAUGGGAUGGAGUUGUGAUUUCCUUUUGAAGAAGAAUAUUUCCAAAUGUGAUAUUCUUACGGACCUAUUCUACAAAGAAAAAUUUUUCGUGGGGCACAGACCUAGUUUUAACUAUGGUGCUUAUUUCCCCUCUGGGAACGUACAUAUGGAUAAUUUCUGCCCCUUCUUCCAGAAGUAUUCUUUUUUCCAAUUAUUUAGUUGUUCCAUUUUAAGUGCGCAGGGAAUCAGGGAAGGAAGCCAUUUACACUUUCUACGUUCUUACUUGUACAAAAGGAAUAUGAAAAGAACGAAGUAUGUUCAAACAAAUAACAUCGAAACCAUUGUGGAAAUGAUGACUAACAAGAAUUUUAAAAGAACGUCUUUCUCCAAGAAACAGAUUAAGCAAAUUUAUUCUACCAUGAAAUAUGUUUGUAGGAAUUUGCUAAAAUCGUACAUUGUUGUUUAUCCCUUGAGGUAUGAGGAGAGAAAAUGCGACUUGGGAAGUGUGAAAUUGACAAGGCGUCGUUUAAAACGAGAUGUGUGUGUUUUAACAGACUACGAAUAUGGCGACUAUGCCAACAUAAUUACCUCCGCGUGGAAUGACGAACAUGCGAUGCCAGGGUGUGCGGAGGAUCUCUAUAUUAAGCCAUCCCGUAAGAUGAAAGACAAAACGAAAAGAAAAUAUUAUACUCGCAGACAGAACAAAAGAAAAAGUAAAAAACAGAAAGAAGAAUCUUCGCUCAUCGAAUCCGAAUCGAACAACGAAUCGGAUGAUACGUGGGAAACGGACCAACAUUCCUCCUCCUCGUGCGUAGAACCAGAUAAAAAAAACUGGAAGUGCGCAAACUCAAGUGAUUACGAUGAAGACAAUGACGAGCUCGAUGCAGAUUACAAAAAAAUGAAGAAACAUAAAAAAUCCUUGUUUUAUAAAUACAUACGUGGCAUAAGGAAUGAUUUUAGCUUUCACUUUUUAUCAGGUAAAAGAAAAAGCUGUGAAGAUAAUCCAAAAAAAUGGAUCCCACUUUUUGAAAAGCUAAUACAUCAGUACGCAGAUUUGAAAUUCUGCAAAAGUAUGUACCGACACGUGAAAUGCAAAGUUCUAUCUGACUGCAUCGCCAAGUUUGAGGCGUCCAAGCCAAGGCUGUAUUUCAACUUCCACAUCACGGCAAAUUAUCAGGAGUCGAAAAUUCUGAACGAACUUUUGCAGAACUAUGCCGUGUACUUCGGAUCCAUGGGUAGUACAGACGGAACGAGUGGUGAAACGAAUCCAAAUUUUCAGGCCUACUUAACGCUAAUCAAGAGGAAGGGCACGCUGCGCUGGGGAAGCUGGAAGAAGCAGGGUGAGACGGAGGAGGAUACGCCGGAAAUGCACUCCAAAAAUGUCGGAUAUACAAUUAUACUGAAAAACAACGUUUCGAAUUUCCACAAUGUGAUAAAUAACAUAGUGAAUAUUUCGCAUAACAACAGGAUUAUUAACCAUCACAAGUACUUUCGUGAAAAUAAUAUGUACAAGACCGAUCGGGGGGGUACCUUCCACAAGGUGCACACAGGAGAGGAGGGAAUGGAGGAUGGUAGGGAGGAAGAAUGUAGAGAAAGUGCUAAGUAUGACGCGACCUAUGAACCGAGAAAAAAACGUCUAGAAAACUUUUUCGACGAUUUAGAAAGUGACACCACGCAUUUCUGCUCCUCCGAUUCGCUCAACUCAGAUAGAAAUUCUGGAAAACGGAAAAAAGGGAAAAUGAAUCGACCUAAAAUGAAGAGAAAUGAACGAGGCGGUGAUAGAAAUGGUUGUGCGCCGAGGAAGAAAGACCUGGAGGAUGUACUCAGGAGGGAAGACAAAGUGUACAACAUAUGCUUCCUUCACUCAAGAAAUGACAACUAUCAAAUUAAAUAUUUUGAAAAUAUAAAUGUUUUGCAGAAUAUGUAUAGAUACUGUGGCAGGGGGUUACUAGUGGUAAACAUAAAGUACGUAACGGAUGAGAACCCUGAAGACGCAAACUACAACGGGGAAAGGAAUCCAAUGGUAGAUGACCAAAAUAAAUGCGGAAGCGUCAUAUUCCAGACCGACAUACAUAUAUGCAGUGAGAAGAAGCCAAAAAGGAGGAAAAAGGACGAAGUCGAAAAAGAAGUACAUUACAAGAAGGCAAAAACUAUCAUUUUUAUCAUACGAGUGAAUUUACAUGAGCUGAGAAAUUACCAAAUGAGGAAAAUAAUUUUCGAAGAAAAAUAUGUUAAGAGUACAUAUUACAUUAACCUCCAGGUGAUGAAAAUAUUUUAUCAAAUAGCUUUAAAAAAUUGUAAAUUAUUACACAAAUCUGAAAAUGAGGAACAUGAUAAAAAAGUGAAUGCUGAGAAAAAAAGGAUUUUGAAAUCCUUUUAUGCGAAGGAAAAGUAUUCGUUCCUUGUGUAUUUGACGAAAAACCUAUUCCAGAAAAGAAAAAAAUAUCCUUUAACACCAAGACGUAUAUGCAAGUACAUUGUGUUGAUAAGAAAUAUCAUUUUGGACACUCGCUUGUUUGACCAUUAUGAAAAUUGUAAUAGUGAUUUGCCACAAGUGCAAGCAGAUUAUCGUUUUCUGUACUCGCUGAAUUUGGACCUUCCCAAGAGAACAACAUUAUUCAAGCUGUUCUUCCUCUUGUUGCCAAAAGGAAAAAGAGACACACUUAUGCUGAACAUAGCUUUGUUAAGAUUUUUGUAUUCUCAUUUGAGUAGGGGGUGGGAGAAAAGGAGCACGCAUUUCACCUAUGGUGAAAAGAGCGUAAGAAGGGAAAAAAUAAAAAAAAAAAACUGCGCUUGUGUGAAAAAAACUGAAGCAAAGUUUCAUUCAGUAGUUGAUAGGGAAGAGAAAAAACAACUCAGUCAUUACAUAGUUAUAUGUGCAGAUAAAUAUAAUCUAUAUUUGUCAAAAAUUAAAUUUACAAAAAUUACCAAAAAUUUUUUCAACACCAGAUUUGUGCCCAUAUUAGAAUUAUCCAAACCAGUCGAACCGAAAUUGCCUUCCGCAUACAAAUCUUCUCGCAUUAAUUUAUUGAAAAUCAUAUAUGACAAGUCGUGUAUUGUGCUGGCCAACCAGUACAGCAAUCUUAUUUUUGUCUACUUUGCGCAUAAGUGUGUUUACACAAAUUCAUACUUCCUCAUCCCCUACUUUACCAUUCCGCUGUAUACGGAACGUAUAGGAAGAGUGCUUCUCCCGAAUUUUAGAAAGGACGCCUGUAUCGGAGAAAAGAAGCGCCUUGUGAACAACGUAAAUUACAACUUUCGAAAAAUCUUGGCAGAUAAUUACGUGGAUAUGGACGAGGAGCUCAACUUCUUCAUCGCGGGCUUAGAUGUCAUCUACCUAAAAGGAAAAAAGAACAAUUUCGAGUUAACCAUCUUUGCAAUUUUACUCAACAAUAUUUUAUUUUGUUACAAAUUGAAUUUCCAGUACUAUUAA